GAAGUUUUCUGCUGUAGUAGUAACUAAACUACUAGUACUAGUAGGGAAUUGAUCAGCUGAUGGUUAAGACGUGAAACAAUACUUACUCCGGGUGUAAGACAAAGUAUUGACUCCGGGUACUUGUUUACAGCCGGUAGGACGGACAAUAUUUACUCCGGGUACCAGAAACAGCACUAUGAAUCUAACAGGUUGUAUUCUACUCAUCCUUCUCCAGCUUGUCCCUCAUCAAACCCUCUCCAGGUUCCAGGCUAACCAGGAGUCUAACCAGGAGCUGAACCAGGAGCGGGAACAGGAGCAGCACCAGGAGCUGAACCAGGAGCUGAACCAGGAGCUGAACCAGGAGCUGAACCAGGAGCUGAACCAGGAGCUGAACCAGAAGCUGAACCAGAAGCUGAACCAGGAGCUGAACCAGGAGCUGAACCAGGAUAUAAACCAGGAGCAGCACCAGGAGCUGAAUCAGGAGCUGAACCAGGAGCUAAAUCAGGAGCUGAACCAGGAGUUGAACCAAAAGGUUUACACAGAGGAAGGCGGAGCAAAGAUCUUACUGAAGAAUGGCGGCGGAGUGAUGAACGAAAGGCGGAAGGUUGACAGCGGAGUAAGUUGUCAGGAUGAGAAAGGAAACCCUGUGGAUUGGUGGAUUGCUUAUAAACUACCACAGCCCAGUAUUAAGCAGAGAAAAUCUGGGAGAAAGAAUGAGUUUAUAAACAAUGGAACUGCUUAUACAUAUAUUCUCUCAACACAGGAAGAAAAGAACUGGAUUUUAUCUGAAAACUCUAUUGAAGACGGCACAUCUUUACCUGGACGAAGCCUUACUCCACUCUACUCUGGAUCUAAGGAUAUUUUAACCCUGUUAUACAAUGAUGAACACCCAGACGGUCCUACAAGCUUUGAUCUAGGACACACUAAGGGUUUAAUAUUGGGAGAUGAGACCAACUCUAUUUGGCUUAUCCAUUCAGUUCCUCAUUAUCCACCUUAUCCAAACCUAACAUAUGGAUAUCCACACACUGGGCACAGAUACGGACAAAGCUUGAUGUGUCUAAAUAUCCCCACGAGUAGUUUGGACAGUAUAGGCACUCAACUACUGUACAACCAGCCGUACCUGUACGGGGUUCACCUACCAGACUGGGCGGGACAGUACAAGGCACUUGUUGCCGCGGCUCAGGGAAACCAUGUUAGGAAAGCUCCAUUCUUCAAAAUGGAGUCUUUAAAUACAGCUGCUGGUAUACAGCUCACUAGCUUCGCUAAGAGUUCAAAAUUUGGAAAGGAUUUAUACGCAGACUUGGUGGCUCCAGUGCUCCAGGCUCCAUUAUUAGUUGAAACCUGGCCGAAUGGUCAUGGACGAAUGCCGUCCCGAUGUGACACCAAGUUCAUUGUCGAGAACGUCGCAGAACUCAACUUCGCGGGGAUUGAGGAUGAAGACUUUACAACCCAACAUGAUCAUGCAAAGUGGGCAAUAAGUCUUGAUUCUAAGAAGCCGUAUGUGUGUGUUGGAGAUAUUAACAGAAUGGACACACAGACAAAAAGGGGUGGUGGCACCACGUGCAUGUCAGAUCCUACAGUCUGGAAAAUAUUCAAGAAAUGCGUCAAAAAUAUUGAACCCUGUCCUCGAUCACAUAACUCCAAUAAAGGAAACCUAAACAAACAUUUAAAGAAACCUCAAAUCAAACCCUGGAAAAGAAACCAAACCAAGCAUUUGAAGAAAACCCAAUCGAAUUCCUGGAAAAUGCGCCAAGCCAAAUAUAUGAGGAAAAUCAAAACCAAACUAUGGAAGAAAAGUUUUCGCCCAGUAAACAUAUCAGAGGAUUCUGGAAGAGCACUAGAGAAUGAUUAUCCCAUAUUUAUGUAAUUAGCUAUGAAGAGAAUUUGCGACAUAAACAGGGUGUCCCAUGAAACAUAACAGCUGGUGAUUAGUUUGAAAUGUCUUCUUCAAUAAUUUGUUUGAUACCAAAGAGAAUGAUGAAAAAUAUUACAAAGGUACUCAUAUCAUAGUGAAAUGGAUUUAAAAGUAAAAUAUAUUUGAGUAAAAAAAUAAUGAAAAAAUAAACUGCAAAAAGUAUAUGGAAGACGACAUUUAAACUAUUCAACAACUGUCUUUUCUUUGGAAACCCUGUUUAAAAAUAUUUCAAUCUUGCCAUUGAUCAGAACUCUCUAAGACCCAUCUCUUAAAACAGUUUUACAUGUUUACAUGUUAUGCACCUGGUCUCAUUUUAAUACAUCUACAAAACGUCAAGAAAUUAAUGAUUUUCUUGAGCAAAUUAUUGCUAAGGUUCCCAGAACAGGGUUAAAAAUAUUAUAAAUAAAGACUUAGGAUGAAAGUUGGUAUAUUACCUUAAUUAAAGCCUGCAAGUGAAAUACUAAAAGAUUUUGCUAGAAAGAAACAAGUUUCCAUUUCUAGGGAAUCAUGAAUGUAACAAAAAGACUGAUCAAAUUUCUAAAAACUAUUAUCCUCAUUCUUUGUGGUAAACCUUGUUCUAGUGUAUAUAAAUUUUCAAUUUCCACUAAGAUAGAUAGAUUUUAACAAAAAGAUUUUCAAUCUAUUAAAGUUUUUUUUUUCUGAAGUCUUAUUCUUGUGACAUUAGAGUUACCCUGUGUUUUUGAGAUUUCUAUGUAUUUUUAUUUUUAAUUUGAAGAAAAAUCAGAAUAGUUUGAUUUCAACUUGCAUCUUUGCCACAGUGAGACCCCAAAAAAUGUGGAACAGGAACAAUUUAUCUACUUAUAUGUCGUCUUCCAAUUCCACAGUUUUGUGGGUCUCACUGUAGAAUGUUUGUAUAUUAAAGGGAGUGUUCGCAAA